GAUGAUGCGAAGAGGCCUUUUGUUUCAUUAGCGCUCAACGCCUCCAAGAGUUCGUACGAAUUCAAACGGUUUUGCUGUGUCCGGCCGAUCGUGAAGUACGGCAAGCCGUUGGCGUGUGAAACAGCUGUGUAUAUUUUUGUAGCGCCUUUUUGUGCCGUGUUGUUUGUGCUACCUUUACUUCUCUCAUAGUCGAAGAAACUUCUCUAAACCUACUGAAAAUGUCCCGCAUUAUGAGAAUUGAUGAGAACCAGGUAGCUGGAAACCUGCAUGAAGGUGGGAUGAAGAAAGUGGUUGCUGCCAGACGCCCUGUGUUGGGAGAGCUUGGCAACAAGGUGCUGCGCAAUGCUUCCCAGGACCUGCUCGGCAAAGGUGUGGAGAAGGGAGCUGCGCUGAAGAAUGCCAACCCGACGCUGAAGAAUAUUAAGCCACGCGUGGACACUCGAUGGCGAAAGGCGGAUACUGCUGCGGCGGCAGUUGUUGUUCCCAAAAAAGUAGUCACCCGAUCCGAUUCGCAAAAGGUUGCGGUAGAGCCUAAACCGUCUGCCAAUGCGGAUGCUGUAAAGGUGCACGUCCAGCUGAACAAAGGAAACGAGGUAAAACAUGUAGCGUUAAAGCGUGAAGACAGUCAGCUGUCGCUGCGGACAUUGGCGAAGCAAAAUCGUAAGGCUCAACCGAAAAGCGCUCCUAGCAGCGGCACCUCAUCAUCGGACGAACAUGAAAUAGUAUCAAUCUCUAAGAAACCCGAAAGAGUGGAGGCCCAUUCGCAAAAGCUGUUGGAAAACAUCGAAAACAUCGAUGCGAAUGAUGGCUGGAAUCCGAUGUUGGUGGCGGAGUACGUGAACGACAUUUACAACUAUUUGAACGAGCUAGAGAGCAGGCCAGGAUAUGCGCUGUGCGAGAACUUCUUGGAUGGUCAUAAAGAGAUUACACAUAAGAUGCGAACGAUUCUGAUCGAUUGGAUCAAUGAAGUGCAUUAUCAGUUCAAACUGGACAUCGACACUUACCACAUGACAGUGUCGCUCAUCGACCGUUAUCUGCAGACGAUGAAAACUGUUCCGAAGAAGAAGCUACAGCUGGUAGGCGUGACGGCGAUGUUCAUUGCAUCCAAAUACGAGGAACUGUUUCCACCAGAGAUACAAGAUUUUGUGUACAUAACCGACGAUACAUACCAGAAGUAUCAGAUUCUCGAGAUGGAAAAGGAAAUGGUGAGAACGUUGGACUUCAAUCUGGGAAAACCUCUUCCAACCCAUUUCCUGCGUCGGUUUUCGAAGGCAGCGAAGGCGUCGGACGUAAAUCAUGUGCUGGCAAAGUAUCUUAUUGAGCUUGCCAGUGUGGAUUACAGUACCGCGCAUUACAAACCAUCGGAGAUUGCAGCAGCUGCGUUGUACAUAUCGUUGUAUCUGUUUCCACUAACAUCCAACGGCGGGAACGGUACGAGUGCAAUAAUCUGGACUAAAACACUGGAGCAUUACACGCACUACAAUGUAAAGUACUUGGCACCAAUUGUGCAGCGGCUCGCAAACGUGAUCAAGGCUGUUCCCAAAAUGAUGGAAAAGAAGCAAAAAUCUUGUUGGCUGAAGUAUUCUUCUUCUAAAUUCUUAAAAAUUUCAACUCAUUCAAAGCUCAAAGGAACAGAAAUGGACACGCUAGCCGAGGGCAAACUAAUUUUCUAAGAUUUUUUUUCGUGCUAUUUUGUGUAAUUUUUAUAAGGUGGUUUAUGUUUCUUAAUUGUGACUUUUUAAUUCUGCGUGUGUAUCUAAUGUAUUAAACAAGUUCCAUUGAUUGAGUCAUCAUGUUUUGAUAAUGAUACAAUUGUUUUAAUGAUAAUGAUAAGAAAUUGAACAGCAGAUAUAUGUUAAUUAUAUCGGUCUGUCGACGGGGAAUCAAUUUUAACAAUAGCCCCAAGAAUGAAAUUGACUGAAUAGAGUAGGUUUAAGCAAUCAUUUUGUGUGUAAUAGCCAGCUAAACAUGUAUUGUUGGGUGCCUUUACCUUCCUGUUACUUCAAUGGAUAAUGUAAUCUACCGGUUACUUAAAUAAAAUAAAUGUCUGCACCAACAAA